AUGCGUUCCACCAUCCUCGCUACCGUCGUCGCCUCCCUCGCUGUCUUCACCAGCGCUGCCCCUGCUGAAGACAAGCGCCAGAUCUCAAGUGUGUCGCUCACCUUCUACGGCGCGGAUGGCCAGAAAUUCAGCCAGACUUUCAAUACCGACGGCCAAUCCACUGAUGUCGAUAACUCCCUGGUCGUGGAAAAAGUCUACAACCCCGGCGGCGCCAUCUGCUCAGUUUUGGGUGUCAACGGAGAUGUCUACUCUGUUCCGAUUAACACGCACGAGUUGGACAAGCCACAGGCUAUCAAGUCUGCUAGCUGCCACCACCUGUAA